UUUCCGUCAUAUAAUAGUAACGAGAUCGCAUGCGUCGACGCGCGAAUCUACGUGGUAUACAUACGUACAGUACCUACAUAGUCCAAAUAACCGAACUAGCUUUGUCCACUAUAUCAAAUAAAACAUGCGGAUCCGCAACAUCAUCCCAUUCUCGCUUCUAUUCAAUACUAUAACCGCUCGGCUUCGAUACCGCGGAGCAGAUAUCUCAUCUCUCUUAGUCGAGGAGGCCGCCGGCAUUAUCUACGAUGACAUUGAUGGCCAGGAAUUACCGCUUGAAACGAUCCUUGCGCGACAUGGAGUCAAUUCGAUCCGGCAGCGGAUAUGGGUCAAUCCGGAAAACGGGACCUAUGGUCUUGAAUAUAACUUGAAAUUGGCGAGGAGGAUGGUCCAGGCGGGGAUGAGUGUUUAUUUGGAUAUGCAUCUUAGCGAUACGUGGGCGGAUCCGCAGCAUCAGACCACACCUGCAGCCUGGUCAACAACAGACAUCAAUGUCCUGACAGCACAAGUCUACAAUUACACCCUCUCCGUAAGCAACGCAUUCGCAGAAAACAAUCUACCUCUCGAGAUAAUCUCCAUCGGUAAUGAGAUCCGUAACGGCCUCCUCUGGCCUCUCGGUUCGACAGACCACUUCCACAACAUCGCAACGCUCCUCCAUUCCGCCAGCCAGGGGAUCAAAGACUCGAAGCUCAAUCCCCAGCCUCAAAUCAUGAUCCAUCUCGAUGACGGCUGGGACUGGGACGCUCAAUCGUACUUCUACAGUACGGUUCUUAGUGAAGGCCCGCUCACCGACUUGGACUUUGACUUGAUGGGUGUUUCAUAUUAUCCCUUCUACGGAUCGAACGCUACUCUGUCUGCAUUGAGGGAUAGUUUGAAGAAUAUGCAUUCUACUUUCAAGAAACCCGUCGUUGUAGUCGAGACUGAUUGGCCGGUAUCGUGUCCGAGUCCGGAGUAUGGGUUUCCUGCUGAUUUAGAAUCGAUUCCUAUAUCGGUGAAGGGACAGGAGAUCUUUGUGGAAGAUGUUGCUGAUGUGGUUAGAGAUACGGAGGAGGGGUUGGGGAUUUAUUAUUGGGAGCCAGCGUGGGUGGGUAAUGCUGCGUUGGGGUCGAGUUGUAGUGACAAUUUGAUGGUGGGUGAUAAUUCGACUGCUAGAUUUAGGGAGAGCGUGAAGGUGUUUGAGCAGAUCUAGUUAAGCUUUGUUCUGGAGAACGCCUCUUAUUGUCCCUGGUUUGGGAGAACCUGGUGUCAAGAGAGGCAUGCCAGGGCUUAUCUAGAUGUUUUGUUUAGGGGACUGUGGGAUGCGAAGGGUGGGAAGUAUGUCUGAUUGCACGUCGUUACA